AUGGCAAUUCCUAAAAUUAUUUUGCUCAUUAUUGGUGUUGUGACUACUUUGCUUUCUAUAGCUUUGGCGACACCGGGGAUUGCCACAUUUUAUACGCAAUAUGUUCCUUCAUCAUGUUAUGGAAACACACCCCAAGGUGCCAUUAUAGCAGCAGCAAGUGAUCCUCUAUGGAAUAAUGGUGCAAUAUGUGGAAAAACAUUCAAUGUCACAUGCACUGGUCCUUGCACUGGCAAGAGUAUUUUGGUAAAGAUUGUUGAUCAUUGCCCUGGAUGUGGUGGAACUCUGGAUCUCUCUAAAGAAGCCUUCUCAACCAUUGCUAAUCCGGUCGCUGGCGUUAUUAAGAUCGACUAUGUCCAGUAA